AUGACUGUAAUAGAUUUCAUAGAUCUGAGCGAUCAUGAUAUUAUUGACUUGAGCAGCAGCGAUGACGAGACUGUUCAGGAGGAUCAUAUUGCAACUCAGCACCGGGCGGCGUCGCUUGAUAGGCAGACUGUGCAUGUCAUAGCUGGUGAAGGAAUCCAAGAUGUGCAGGCUGCGUUUGUUGCAACUAGUGAAGGAAGGCAAGAUGUGCAGGCUGUGUUUGCUGCAGCUAGUGAAGGAAGACAAGAGGCUGCCGAUUGCGGACAUGCUUUGGAAGCCACCACAUCGUCCUUGGUUACGGAAAAAGAACCUCUUGUUGCAGCUAGUGAAGGAAGCCAAGAUGUGCAAGCUGUGCUUGUUGCAGCUCGUGAAGGAAGCCAAGAUGUGCAGGCUGCGUUUGUUGCAGUUAGUGAAGGAAGUCAAGAAGCUGCUGACUCUGGAAAUGGUUUGGAAGCUACAGCAUCGUCUUUGGUUACUGAAAAAGCACCUCUUGAUAUGGCUGAAUCGCACAACUGUACUCGCUCUCCCACAUCAGCGCCGUUCCCCAGCCCGACUUCUACCUUUCUGAAGGCUCCGACCUUUGAAGGUGGCGAUGCAAAGAUGGUAAGAGGGAAGGUGAAGCGUCCCAGGAAGAACUACCACACCAGUACUCCUAGGACAAGUCCUAGGUUUGAACUGAAGCCUGAAUGUCGGAACGGGCCUCUGGAAGAGCUGCCAGCCGAGGCACUGACCUCUGAAGGUGGCGACGCGGAGCUGGUGAGAGAGAAGAUGCAACAUCCUGGGAAGGAUUACCAUACCGGCACUCCUGGGACAAGUGCUAGGUUUGAACCGAAGCAUGAAUAUCAUAACGGGCCUGUGGAAGAGCUGCCAGCAGAGGCACUGACCUCUGAAGUUGGCUACGCAGAGCUGGUGAGAGGGAAGCUGAAACAUCCUAGGAAGAACUACCCUGCUGACACUCCUAGGACAAGUCCUAUGUUUGAACCGAAGCGUGAAUGUCAUAACGGGUCUGUUGGAGAGCUGCCAGCCAAGGUUCUGACCUCUGAAGGUGGUGACGCCGAGCUGGUGAGAGGGGAAGUGAAACAUUCCAGGAAGAACUACCAUACCGGCACUCCUCGGACAAGUCCUAGGUUUGAAACAAAGCGCGAAUGUCGUAACGGGUCCGUGGAAGAGCUGCCAGCUGAGGCUCUGACCUCUGAUGGUGCUGAUGCAGAGCUGGUGAGGGGGAAGGUGAAACAUGCUAGGAAGGACUACCAUACUGGCAUUCCUAGGACAAGUCCUAGGUUUCAACUGAAGCAUGAACGUCGCAAGGGGCCCGUGGAAGAACCGGCAGCCGAUCAUAAGAGGUUCCGCAAGCUAGAAGAAUUAAUUGCCUCUCCUGACAAUGCAGAAUCUGCUAUGACCCCGUCUACUGACUCUCUGAACUAA